AGCCGAUCCUAUCCAAACUUGGCUUAUACUACUGCAGAUAAAUUUAAUCGUAUCUGUGAGAAAGUAUAUAGCUUGCGAUGGAGUUUGUUAACGCUACCGACAACUUUUAUCAAUCUGCUAUAUCACUUGAAGAUUCAAAUGAUCUCUUUGUAGUUAGCCCAGAUUUAUUUAAAGAUACAGAUGAUUCGGAAAUGCUAUCGGGAAAGUUUAUUAUUCAAUCAACGAACACUACGGUAUCCGACAUAUCAAAGCCAAAUGCAGCUGACGAAGAAUUUCAAACAUCAGAAAUUCGUACUAAACGACGUAGAAAACCUACCAAAAAAUAUCAAGACGAUUUGGAAGAUAUAACCAAAGCAAGACCUAUAAAACGCCGAGUACGUAAUCUACCAGCUAAAAAUACACCAGAGCAUUACGAGCUUAGACGUAAAAAUAACGAAGCUGUACGUAGAAGUCGUCUACAAAAGAAAAAGAAAGAACUGGAAAAAGAUCAAAUUAUCGAAGAGCAAAUACAAAGAAUUCAAAAUUUAGAAAAUGCUCUUAACGCAUCAAAACAAGAGAAACUUAUACAAUAUAAAAAGUUUGAUGAUCUUACAGUCCUGUUACGUUUAAUCGAAAUUGAGCUUAAAGAUCCUAUAUCUCAUAGUCGUGUUUCAUCUUUAAUCAUACAUAAUAUGAAAGAAGUAUUAAAAUCGGAAGUGUAGCAUAGUUAUAUGCAGUUCUAUAUCUGUAUUAGUUUAUAUUUUUAAUAAAGCAUCCUUGGAUUUUACUCGUAAACUAAUUAUUGUAAAAAUUGGCUAAGCAUAGUCAUAUAUUAGAUAUAGAAAAGAGCUAUGUUCACAAUCUCUCUCUCUCUCUCUCUCUC